AUGCUUAGUAGAGCAAUAAAUAGAGUAAUUUCAUCUAUAAAGCCAUCUUCUAUCACCAGAAUGUCUUCCGCUACCGCUCCCGCUGCUCCUGUUGCUGCUGCCAAGGCUCCAAAGGCUUCGAAGAAAAGUAAACUGCAAGUAUCUUUGAAGACCCCUAAGGGUACCAAGGAUUGGGCCGAUACUGAUAUGAUCAUCAGGGAAGCCAUCUUCAGCACUUUGUCCAGUUUAUUUAAGAAGCAUGGUGGUGUCACCAUCGACACACCUGUCUUUGAACUAAGAGAAAUUUUGGCAGGUAAGUAUGGUGAGGAUUCUAAGCUGAUUUAUAACUUGGAGGAUCAAGGUGGUGAACUGUGUUCUCUACGUUACGAUCUGACUGUUCCAUUUGCUAGAUACGCUGCAAUGAACAAUAUCCAAAAUAUUAAGAGAUAUCAUAUCGCAAAAGUCUACAGAAGGGAUCAACCAGCCAUGACCAAGGGUCGUAUGAGAGAAUUUUACCAAUGCGAUUUUGAUGUUGCAGGUAACUUCGAAUCAAUGGUUCCCGACUCUGAAUGUCUAUCCGUCUUAGUGGAAGGGUUAACCAGUCUGGGAAUCAGAGAUUUCAAGAUCAAAUUAAACCAUAGGAAGAUUCUUGAUGGUAUUUUUCAAAUCUGCGGUGUUAAGGAUGAAGAUGUGAGGAAGAUUUCCUCUGCUGUCGACAAAUUAGACAAAUCUCCAUGGGAGGCUGUCAAAAAGGAAAUGACCGAAGAAAAGGGUCAAUCUGAAGAAACUGCAGACAAAAUUGGUGGAUACGUCAAAUUAAACGGUUCGUUGAAGGAAAUUCACACCAUUCUAUCGCAAGACGCCAACAUUAUUUCAAACGAAAAGGCCAAACAAGGUUUGGAUGAUAUUGCUACCCUAAUGAAGUAUGCCGAAGCCUUCAACAUUGAUUCAUUCAUCUCUUUUGAUCUUUCCCUUGCAAGGGGCCUGGACUACUACACGGGUUUAAUUUACGAAGCUGUUACUUCUGCUUCCGCCCCACCAAAAAAUGCUUCAGAGCUGAAGAAGAAAGCUAAAUCCGUUGAGGAUGCCUCAGAAUUUGUUGGUGUUGGUUCCAUUGCUGCUGGUGGCCGUUAUGAUAAUUUGAUUAAUAUGUUUUCCGAAGCCUCCGGUAAGAAAUCUAUUCAAAUCCCAUGCGUUGGUAUUUCCUUUGGUGUUGAAAGGAUAUUCUCUUUAAUCAAACAGAGAAUGAACUCCUCUACAGUCAUAAAGCCAACCGCCACUCAAGUGUUUGUUAUGGCUUUUGGAGGUGGCAAAGACUGGACAGGCUAUUUGCCCGAAAGAAUGAAGGUCACUAAACAAUUGUGGGAUGCCGGUAUCGAAGCUGAAUACGUUUAUAAGGCUAAGGCUAACCCUAGAAAGCAAUUUGAUGCCGCUGAAAAAGCUGGCUGUCACAUUGCUGUGAUCCUCGGUAAGGAGGAAUACUUAGACGGUAAGCUACGUGUUAAAAGAUUAGGCCAAGAAUUUGCCGAUGAUGAUGGUGAAUUAGUUAGUGCUGCUGACAUUGUUACCAUUGUUCAAGAAAAAUUAUCUGACAUUCAUGAAGAUGGUCUUAAUGAAGUUACUCGUUUAAUUAGAGGAUUAUAA